AUGCGCGAAUCUCCCGCCACCAGCUGCCCCACAGAUAUCGAUACGCGGUUUAUGAACGCUGUCAUAAGAAGUCGCCGGAAACGUUGCUGUUGCACUACUGGCAUUAUGGGAGUUGAAGUUUUUUAUUUAUCGCCAUACGUUAUACUCGCGAGUUCCCGGCGGCUCAGUAAAACUACAUGUACCAUCUUCUCAAACACAAACACAAGCAUGGCAACCUCCUCAUCGGGGUACAGCAGAAUGUUCUUUAAGCUAAGAAAAUAUGCUAAUAAAACACAAAGUUUAUAUCAUAUUGAUAGUUUUAAUUUAGUGAUACGGACAAUAUGGACGUCUGGAUCCAAAACUCAACUUCAGCACAAAGUCCGUACUAAAAGUCUUCCUCAGAUGGUUGGUGUUGUGGGUCUGGAAAUCCAUGCUCAGAUUCAGUCCACAUCAAAGCUCUUCUCUGGAUCUCACGUUAGAUUCUUGGCUCCACCAAACUCACUUGUCUCACAUUUUGAUGCCUCAUUACCAGGAACACUGCCAGUACUGAACAGAAGAUGCGUGGAGGCUGCUGUACUGACAGGUCUCGCUCUCAACUGUACCAUCAACAGGAAGUCACUGUUCGACAGGAAGCACUACUUUUAUGCAGACAUGCCCGCAGGCUAUCAGAUCACCCAGCAGAGGGUUCCAAUAGCAGUGAAUGGCAUGUUGGUCUAUAGUCAUUUUGAAGAUCGCAGAAGACGCCAAGUUGUAACCAAGAGCGUGAAAAUCAAACAGAUCCAGCUUGAGCAAGACAGUGGAAAGAGUCUUCACGAUGAUGAACGGAGUCAGAUUCUCAUAGAUCUCAACAGAGCAGGUGUAGGUCUGAUGGAGCUGGUGAUGGAGCCAGAGAUGUGCUGCGGAGAGGAGGCAGCAGCUGCCGUCAGAGAGCUUCAGCUCAUCGUGCAAGCUCUGGGCACCUGCCAGGCUAACAUGGCCGAGGGGCAGCUUAGAGUUGAUGCCAACGUGUCCGUGCAUCGACCUGGAGAGCCUUUGGGAGUGAGGACGGAGGUCAAAAAUAUCAACAGCGUGAGGCACCUAGCUAAAGCCAUAGACUACGAAAUCCAGAGACAGAUGGAGGUUCUACAGAGCGGUGGGACCGUUCUUAAUGAGACCCGAGCAUUUGACAGCAAAUCUGGGUAAGGAGGCCCAGAACAGGAUAAGGAAGGCCUACAAGACUACAGGUUCAUGCCAGAGCCCAACCUGCCGCCGCUGUUUGUUUAUGAGAGCGACGCUUCGGUGCCCGCUGGUGCUGACCCUGCCCAGGUCGUGGUGAUCGACAGGAUAAGUGCCCGGUUGCCAGAGCUGCCAUCUGUGAAAAGGACAAGGCUAGUGGAGACGUAUGGCAUCCUGCAAGAGCACAGCUUCACGCUGGUGAACGAAGACGGACUUGUGGACUACUUUGAGAGCGUUGUUCAGGCGAGCGAAGCAGAACCGAGGAAGGUGAUUGGCUGGGUGAUCAAGGACCUGAUGGGAAAUCUGAACAGUCAGAGUCUGAAAGUCUCUCAAAGUCCCAUCUCUCCACGCGCUCUUGCUGGACUGAUCAAUCUUGUGGAAUCUGGUCAUAUCUCAUCUUCAGCAGCCAAGCAAGUUUUCCAGGAGAUGUGUAAGACUCCAGAGAAGACAGUGGACCAGAUCGUGAAGGAGCAGGAUUUGUGGAUGAUAAAUGACAAAGAGGAGCUACUAAAGAUCUGUAAGAGGAUUGUGGACAGUCACUCGUUGCAGGUUCAGAUUAUCAGAGGGGGCAAUAAGAAAGUAAUUAACAAACUGAUGGGUGAAGUUAUGAGAGAAACCAAAGGCAAAACUGACCCGGUCCAAGCCAGAGCCAUUCUAGAGAAAAUGGUCUCUUGAAUUACCCAGCAUGCCUCUUUACGGCUCAGUGCUGUGUUCUGGAGAAAUGGAAUUUUCAUGUUUGUACACUUGUCUGUACAACUGUUCCAGAAAGUCCUGUUAAUAUUUACCGGUCUGAUAAACAAAUGUUCUGUGCGUCAA